CCUCACGUCACUCUCCCUUUGUCACUGACGUUUCACGUUUGCCAAAACAACACAUGUUUUGUGCAUUUUCGUGUAUUAUUUUUAAUUCCCUUGCCCUCUGACUAAAGCAGUGCAUUCAAGAUGCCUAAAACCAAGAAGUUUAUAGAUCGAAAGAAGGCUGUAACGUUCAAUCUAGUGCACAGAUCGCAGCGGGACCCCUUGGCCGCGGACGAGAGCGCCCCGCAGAGGGUCUUGGUGCCCGUCAAUGCCGCAGUACCACCGAGGAAAGAAAAGGAACCUGAGCUAACACCCGAGCAGCGCAUUGAGGAACAACGCAAGUAUGGGGUCUACUUCGAUGAUGACUACAACUAUCUGCAGCAUCUCAAGGACACUAAGGAGGUCACCCUCGUCCUGCAACCUAAAGCAACACAUAAACGGAAAGAGAAAUGUCAGCCGUCAGCCGACGAGGAUGAGCCAGUGAUCCCCGUGGCGGAGAAGCUGAACCUGCCGAGCUCUGUGUUCGCAUCCGCUGUUGAAGAAGAUGUUGGUUUGCUCAACAAGGCUGCUACACAAGGGUUGUGCCUGGACCUGGACCCUGAAGUGGUGGCAGCCCUGGAUGAGGACUUCGACUUUGAGGACCCGGAGAAUGAGCUGGAAGACAACUUCAUCGAGCUGGCCAUGGCCGAAGGAGGAGAUGGAUCAGAUGGCGAAGAAUACGAAGAUGAUGACAGCAUGGCCAACGACUCCGACCAGGCCUUCGCUUCAGAUCUGGACUCAGAUGACGACAGCAACCCACAGCAGGAGACGCGCCGCAUGCCGGUGUGGGAGCGGGAGAGGGAGCGCGAGCAGGACGACACCAGGUCGCGGUUCUCGCAGUACUCCAUGUCCUCGAGCGUCAUCAGACGGAACCAGGGACUCACACUCCUAGAUGAUCGCUUUGAAAAGAUGUUUGCCGAGUACGACGACACCGAGCUCGGCGCGCUGGAGUGCGAGGACAUCGAGGGCUUCAUGCCGGAGUCCCACGACAUGCUGCUGAAGGCUGCCGAGGAGUUCGAGGAGUCCCGGAGGAGGCAGCAACUGGAUAAGGAGAGGGAGAUUGCCAGGAUUCAACGUCUGCAGGAAAUCGAGGAGGAGUCUGAAGAGGAACUGGAAACUAUAGAGGUGCCCAGAGAGGAGAAGUGGGACUGCGAGACCAUCCUCUCCACCUACUCGAACCUCUACAACCAUCCCAAGAUCAUUGAGGAACCCAAGAAACCCGGCAAAAUCCGCAUCAACCCCAAGACGGGCAUCCCCAAAGACGUGUUCGGUGACAAUAAGUUGACGAUGAAGUCCCUGGCCAAGUUCAACGCGCUGCAAGACACGGGAGAUGAUGAUGAUGAUGCCGAAACCAACGCCGAGACGGUGCUCUCUACCCUCAGCGUGCUGUCCUUAAGACCUAAAGACGAGGCCCCAGAAGAGAGAAAAGAACGCAAACGCCUCCUAAAAGAAUACAGGAAAGAAAGAAGAGUAGAGAAGAAAGCCAACAAGGAGGCGUUUAAAGAAGAGAAGAAGAGGCAAGAGAAGGUCAUGUUGAACAACAAGAAUAACGUUCAGGGGAACCGGAUACUGUAGGUUGUAGGAAUAUUUACUAUUUAGCAAUAAAGAUAUGUAUUUAAA